GUAAGUUCAGUCUUAGCGUUUCAAGUGAAUACCGAUUUUGACAUGGAGAAUCUCUAUCUCGAAGGAUCACCGCUAAUGGAUAUUUCACGACGAAUGCAGGACUUCGUUCUUCGUGAGUCCUUCGUUGUAAAUUUCGCUGUGCAACCGAUGCCCGACUUCUCGAAUGAAAAUAUACGAAAAAAAUUUGAGGAAAUGGUCGAAAAACUCGAACGAAUUCCGAAUUUCGGUGCAGGACCUAAUUCAACGAUACUAUGGACGAGAGAAUACAGUAAUGUUAGUUCUGGUAGAUUCCUAAGGUAUUACUUUUCUUUUGUGAAUUCAAAAAACUGUUCUAUCUUGUGA